UGGAGGCAUGCCUCCUCCGCUAUAAAAGCCCAGGUGCGCCAACGCGAGGGCUCCACGCGGGGUCUUUGCAGCCCAUCCGCCGGAGGAGCCAUGGAUGGUCUUCCCUGCUUGGUUUUCCUCUUCCUGGGCUAUUCCGCCUUUGCAGCCGCAGCCUCGGAAGGAUCCUGGUGUUAUGCCUCACAACAGUGUGAAGUCCUAAAUUGCCAAGAACCUCGCCUAUGGCCGAAGCUCUAUUCAGAAUGUGGAAAAGACAAACAAUCGCCGGUUAAUAUUCUCACCCGGCAGGCAACAUGCAACGAUUCUCUGAAAGCUUUUAAAUUUAUAGACUACGAUGUCAAAUCCAGGCACAAGUGGAACAUGAAAAAUAAUGGACACACAGUCAUCGUUCUGCUGGAUGAGUCUGGGAAGGUGGAGAGUGGGGGUCUGAACGGGAAAUACAAGGCGGUACAGUUUCAUUUCCACUGGGGAAGCCAGGUGGGGAAGACGCGGAGUCCUGGAUCUGAACACAGCAUCGAUGGAGAGAGGUACCCCAUGGAGCUUCACAUUGUCCACAUUAAGGAGAAAUUUAGCAAUGUGGAAUCAGCAAUCAAAGAAAAAGGCGUAGCCGUGCUGGGAUUUUUUAUAAAGGCUGGCAAAAAGAACUCAAACUAUGAACCACUCAUUUCAAAUUUAGAAAAGAUUGGGGCUCCAGAGCAAAAAGUAGAGAUUCCAGCUUUGCCCCUGGAAUCCUUGAUCCCGGACAAGAAGGAUCUCACAAGCUUCUAUCGCUACACUGGCUCUCUGACAACCCCUGCCUGCAAUGAGGAGGUGAUCUGGACCCUGUUUGAGGAACCCAUUGAACUUGAGUGGGAGCAGAUCGAAGAGUUCUGGGAAAAGGUGUAUUUCGACCGUGAGAAAAAUCUUCCGAUGGUGGACAAUUUUCGACCCGUUCAGCCUCUGGGUGCCCGGAUUGUCCAAAAAUCGAACUCAAACCUCCUGCUGCCUUUGAGAAGCGCUCUCUUGCUGGUGCCCACUGCAGCGUUCCUGGCCUUCACUUGGGUCUCCUGAAGAGAAACUGGAAACAUCUGGAUAAUUUGCAUUGAAUUGGCCCGGCUUCCUCCACUUGAAAGCCUUCGGCAUCUCCCAGCCACAAUCUGGAAUCUCUUUCACAGGAGGGCCAGGAUCUCCUAGCAGAGACAGAUUUCUGGAUGAGGUUCUCCUGCGUUAGAGCGAUCCAAUGUACCACACAUGAAUUAUUCUCGUGCCAAAAUCAUGCGGUCCAAAUGACGCCUGCGUCUUCACAAGAAUUUUAAGCGGCUGAACCUAGAAUAUUAUUCUCACCCUGUUCCUACUUUCCAAUUGUAACUCUCUGGUGGGGUAGAAAGUCAGUUGCUCCUUCUCUUUCUCUUCUCCUCCUUCUCCAUCUGUUCUUCCUCUUCCUUUUCUUCUUCUCCUUCUCCAUA